UCACCUGUAAUUCUUCUGCCUUGGCUCUUUCUCAGAAAAAAAAAGGAAAAAGAAGAAGAAGCCCUCCCAAGCUUUUGAUCGUUCUCAGAGGAGAAGAAAAUAUGGGUAAGUUCAGUGCAAUGGUGGCCAUUGUUUUGGUGUUGGGGAUGAUGGGGUAUUCCGUUGCGCAGGCUCCAGCAGGUUCGCCGGCAAAAUCUCCAGCACCUUCUCCGGCAAAGUCUCCUGCAAGUUCUCCAGCUCCGUCUCCCCUGAAAACACCCAUGUCGUCGCCGGUUCCAUCCCCAUUGGAAACACCCAUCUCGGCGCCGUCAUCCUCAGCCUCACCCCCUUCACCUCCUUCAUCUCCUGAGCCUUCUUCAACUUCCUCCCCAUCUGGAGCAGACUCACCCAAGGCUACGCCGCCUGCAUCUACAACCGGCACUCCUCCUUCAGCCGCCGCCGCCACCGCCACUGCCGUACAAAAAGUUGCCAUCUUUGGAGCGGCUCUGCUCGGCUGCGCCGCUUUUCUUGUUUAAUCAGCCGCCAAGUUGUGAUCUUUUGCUCUCUUGCAUUUGGUUUUGCGGAUCUCUUGUUUGGCCCCGGAGUAGCAGUUUCUUCAUUAGGAGACUGAGUUGAUUCAUUUGUUCGGAGGAACAGCUUUUACAGGGCACUUCUUUGCAUUUUAGUAUUAAAUUGGUUUUGUAGUACUGAUUCUUCUCUCGUUAUUCGCCAUUAUUGGACAUUGUUGCUGUAUAAUUUCUACUAUCUGUUUGGAAUAAAAAUUCUUUUUUUGAAAA